AUGGCAGUGGACACGUCUAUAGAAGAGACUUCAAAGCGACCUGACGUCCUUACGCAACUGCUGGCCAUUGUUCGAGCGAAGGGAAAGACGGUCAACUUCAUACACAAGGAAGUUAUUUCAGAGAUGUGGACUAGAGUCAUGCCCGGUGCUGUCAGCACCUCGAUUCGGCCUCCGCGCCGUCUUCUACUAUCUUAUGAAGAGCCCCGAGAAGCUAGCGAAAGCGCGAAUGAAGUUGAUGCAGUCUUUGAGAAUGGAACGCUCUCGUACCCCGUUAAAUACAACCAAGCCAUCGCACUUCCAUGUCUCACUGCGGUUGUCAAGGAAGCUACGCGCCUCUUCCCUUCGUCUCAGGCCACGAUGCCAUGCUACACUCCUAUACAUGGCAUUGGGCUCUGUGGGAAGUACAUCCCGGCCGGUUACUAA